AUGAAGUCAUGUAGAUAUUGUAAGCGGCGCUUCAAAAAAAACAGUGAAAUAUCAUUCCACAGAUUUCCAAAAGACUUGGAAGAGAGAAAAGUAUGGCUUCAGAAUAUGAGAAUUACAAACUGGACUCCUAAAGCACAUGAUUCUCUGUGUUCUCUACAUUUCGUUGAUGAAUGUUUCAAGAGAUAUCACAAAAGAGUAUUAUUGAAACCAGGUAGCAUUCCUACAAUAUUUGAAGGAAUAUCUAUCUUUCCAUUAACACCUCGUCUGGCAAUCUCUAUGUCAUUACCUCGUCUAGCAACAACCAAUUCAGCUAAUAUAAGUACUGUUUCAGCCAUAGGAAAAAUAAGUUGUGAUGCUAAUAUAACGGAAUUAUCAAAUAAGACAAAGAAGGGUCCAGAAGAGGUAACUAAUCAUGAUUAUGAAGUAUCAUCAACUUCUAAAAAGUCAAGAACUGAAUUUGGACGGUUACCUGACCAUCAUUAUAAUAUUACACCAAAAAAAUCGUCGUCCAAAAAAUUACAGCAAGAAUUGAUGAAAUUAAGGAAAAUUCAGGCCAAAUGUUGGUGA